AUGCGCAAGCAUGAGGAUCGUAUGUGUGAACCGGAGAUCGAGGAUGAAUUUGCGAUGCUCGAUUGCUCAAUUUCGCCCAUCGCUCUCGCACUCAUCGCCGUGUCCACUCUAUUUUUUGUGCUAGCAGGCCUUGAUGGUUUAUCCGGUCCUGAAAUGGGUAAAGAUCGAGGGUCGAAUGACACGAGAUGGCAACUCGAACACUAUCACACCCAUCCGAACGCCAAGGAACAUAACCGAGGUGAUACCGAAUUUCAUCUCGUUGUACAGACUGAUGCAGAUGAGACCGUAUGGACAGUCUUUUAUCCGUUUCACCGUUUUGGGCACAAUGGGAUUCCGGGUUUUCGUCACUCUCUUUGUGGUGAUCUCUUUCGUCACUCUCGUUUGAAUAUUGAUGGGAAAUCGCUUGGGAUCAGGCAUUCUUUUAACAUAGUUCUCGCCUGCUCAGCCGUAUUGUUGAUAAGUUUCGAAUGUCUUGUCUCCUUUUUCCUCACGAAUCUCCAAAGCACAGAGGAUUCAAAAAUCAUGUGGCUCUUUCACCCAUCGGCUGCUUCCCUCUUUGUGGUGGCUUCAAUUCGAAUGAUCGUUAUGUUGCUGGUGCUCCCAAAUAAGAAAUCCCUUUCCGAGAGAUUACUCGGUUUUGGUGGUUUUAUUUGUUUUCUUUGUGUUAUCGGUGUUCUCAGCUCGGCGAUGCCCAUUUUCUAUGAUAUUUUCGCGUUCAAAGCCUAUCCACAAUGUGAUAUGUGGGUGAACUGGGACGUGAUGUUCGGCUACAUGAUUCUCAUCAUUUCAUUGUUUACUUGGAGUAUCUACGAAUCGAUGGCUGUGAGUGAAAUGCGCAUUCUUGUCGUCCCGCAGAUCGACGAAUUGCAAUGGAAUAUGAGUGAG